UCUAAUCAUCUCAUGCGCACAAAAGCCUUAACCUUCUUGUUAAAAGACAACAUAGCAGAAAAUUCCCAAGCUUUCAAAUUCUCUCCGGUGGCCGGAAAACCAACGUUAAAAUUCCCUCUCAAGGAUUUCCAACUUUCUAUUGAUCAAAAUGUGUCCUUUAAGGUUCAUCUUGGUGUUUUUCUCGGCGGUGUUGGCGGGAUAUUUUGCGUGGAAAACAGUUCGUUCUUUGCCGGAAAUUGAAACGGCGAUUUCGGAUGAUUCGAUGAGGGAGAAGGUAUCCUCCGAGGACAAAGAAAAACUUAAUUUGAUUAAGAUGGUUCAAAAUGGCUUCUGGCUAUUUGUUGACAUGGCCAGUGGGAAGUACUUGUGGAGGAAUCUGAGAGAGAUGAAAGAAUGAUGAGAAAGUGAAGAGCUGAUAGAAAUCAACAAAUGAAAGAAUCGGUUUUUUUCUCAUGAAAAAUUUCUAUUGACAAUCAAUCAGUGAAUUUAGGUAGAUAAAAUUUCUUCCAUACGAGAGCGGGCCUUAGCAUAACGAUAAGGUUGUUUCAUUGUAAUAUGAAGGUCACAGGUUUAAGCCGCGAAAAUAACCUAUUUAGUUGAAAGUAAAACUACGUACAUUUAACAACCCUAAACUUUGUAAUUCUUUCCACCUAUUUUUUUGAGAGUUCUUCUGUGUUCAAUAUGUGGAGAGAUCUCAAAGAGAUUGAGAUUUA